AUGACAUAUACACAUCAAGCAAUUGACGAUUGUGCCGCACCGAUGGCCCAAUCACUCCCUGGCGAUGAAACGCCUCCCCGCGGGCCGGGAACUACCGACCCCUCAGCGGCGGAAACUAGUUACGAUAGACGACGCGAGCAGGUCAGACGAGCGCAAAAAAAACAUCGAGAACGGAAGGAAAACCACUGCCGCGUGCUUGAAGAUGAGCUCCACCGGCUGUAUAUCCUGAUUACCAUGGACGAGGAGCUCCAGAAUCUUCGCUUUGAGAAUGAGAUUCUUCGAGAAAUUAUGCUCCGCAAUUCAAUACCGCUGCCUGCGGGUGUGCCAUUUCUAGGAGCAUCAUGGGCCGAAGUAACGUUCACCAAUAAUGGUGGCGAUGAUCAGCAACUACAAGUCAAGUUGCCAGAUUAUUCGUCUCUGUCUGCCCCGCAAGAGAGUCAUUCAUCAGGCCUCGAUACACAUACAAGCACGGAUACGAGUUUUCCAUCUAUCCAGUCAACCUUGCCCUCUGUGGAGUUCUCGGAGAUUAGUGACCCAAAAUGUUACCACAGCGGCAUGAACCUCGCGCAAAUGGGCGUUGACUUUGUUCUAUCAAUCGAACGACCCUGUCUCUUCCACACACGACCCCCUAGCACCGAUGCGCCAUCCGGACACGCCUUGUCAAUGCAAGGAAUCCUUCUUUCCGGAGCCCCGCAAGAUCUACAGGACCAUACUACAUGGGAAGUGCCAUCCCGGCAACUUGAGAAACUUUUCGAGUUCGCAGGUUCUCUAGGACUAGACGGGUAUAUCACCCCCGUGCAAGCGUGGAAUCGGAUAAUUAGUCGUCUUGAUCUGGCCCAGAUCUUGGAUCCAAGAUUGGAGGAGCUGAGAUCUUCUAUGAUUCCGCAUGUAAAGUGUUAUGGGUUUGGCGCAUUGAUCGAGGAAGAUGUAUUUGAGGAUCUAUUUCGGUGUGUCUUUGGGGAGUGA